CGAGGCGGGGCGGACGCUGCCGGUGCCGGUACCGGAGCGGAGCGGACCCAGCAUGGCAGCGGGGGCGGCCGCCCGGCGGGACCCCGAGCCCGAGCCCGAGCCCGAGCCCGAGCCCGUCCCGGCGCGGGGGGAGAAGCGGAUCCUGUGCGUGGGGCUGGUGUGCCUGGACAUCAUCACCGUGGUGCCGGCCUACCCCGCCGAGGACACCGACACCAGGUGCAUGUCGCAGCGGUGGCAGCGGGGUGGGAACGCCUCCAACUCCUGCACGGUGCUGGCACUGCUGGGAGCCCCCUGCGCCUUCAUGGGUUCACUGGCCCCUGGGCAUGCUGGAGAUUUCAUUGCGGCAGAUUUCCAGCGCCGGGGUGUGGAUGUGACACACGUGGCCUGGCAGCCCCACGGGGACGUGCCCUGCGCCUGCUGCAUCAUCAGCGCCGCCAGCGGCUCCCGGACCAUCAUGCUCUACGACACGAACCUGCCCGAUGUGACGGCCCGCGACUUCGAGCGGGUCGACCUCUCCCAGUAUAAGUGGAUUCACUGGGAGGCCCGUAACGCGGCGGAGCAGGCGGCGAUGAUGCGGCGGGUGGAGCGGCACAACCGGGUCCGGCCGGCGGCCGAGCUCGUCCGCACCUCGGUGGAGGUGGAGAAGCCGCGGGAGGAGCUGCUGCCGCUGAUGGGCCUGGCCCACGUGGUGUUCAUCAGCAAGGACCUGGCCCGGCACUUCGGGUACCGCUCGGCUCCCGAGGCGCUGCGGGGGCUGCGUGGCCGCGUGCAGCCAGGGGCCACGCUGAUCUGUGCCUGGGCCGAGGAGGGGGCUGACGCUGUGGGGCCCGAUGGGGAGCUGGUGCACUCGGACGCCUUCCCCCCAGAGACCCUUGUGGACACGCUGGGUGCCGGGGACACCUUCAAUGCUGCCGUCAUCUUUGCGCUCUCGGCAGGGAGGAGCCUGCAGGACGCCCUCACCUUCGGCUGCCAGAUCGCAGGCAGGAAAUGUGGAAUCCAGGGCUUUGAUGGCAUCGUUUGAGGUGGGCACCCUGUGCCAGGAGACCCCACACACACCCCUGGAGCAUGCUACCCUCCCCCCACACCCAGCACCCCCCCACCCCGCUGCCAAUAAAGCCCCAGGGCUGCCUCCUGUGC